AUUUACUAUAUCAGGUCUCCUGCAGUGCACAGAACAUGUAAGUGCCAUUAUUUUAGAAAAUAUAAACUGCUAAUCUUGUGACUUCUAUCAGUUUCCAGCCGAGCACAUGUUAAAGCUUGUAGGAGGAGUUUUCAUUCUGCUGUAAGAGGAUGCAGAACCCCUGACCUCUGUCUGGACAGUGCUGAUUGGCCCUGUGCUGAUCACAUGCACUCUCCCAAGAACAAAAAAACCCUCUAUAGCAAUACACAAUAAGCUGAGCAUGUGCAGAGUGUCUCCACAUGAUAUGUCUUAUCAGGAGAUAAGAAGAGGACACUGUAAGAAGGGGAAGAUCAGAGAAGUCAGGAUCAAACAGCUUUUUUACACAAUGCAGAGGAUUAACCCCUUAGGUUCCACAGUGAGUAUAACAAGCAUGCUUUACUGCAUAUUCAGACUGAUUUUACUGUUGUGAGUUUAG